AUGUGAUAGAGGAAAACAAAUGAAACUAGCAAGGACAAAUCAAUGACAUUAAGGGAAAUUCUCACAUCAACAUCUGUUAUCUAACUUUCAUCUCAAAAUGCGACCCAAAAUAAUACAAUGGCUAUUUUUAGCAAUUUAAAAAUAGUUUUAUAUACACUGACACAUGUUUAAAAUUGGAAAUCUAAACAAUUAAUAAUUGGUGAUAUACCUAUACUUAGUGCAACCUGAUGGCGACAGCAAGGUGUAUGGUCCUGAGUCCUGAGGUACAACAUCAGAUACAGGCAGUAGUGUACGGACAGUGUGCGGGGGAUGCUAUUGGACUGUUGACAGAAUUCUUAACCAAACAAGAGGCUAAACAAUAUUAUGGAACAUUGAAGAAAAAUUUGGAAUACCAACACAAAGUCAUCGUUGGUGACUUUCACAGAACACGAUGGAAGGAGGGUGAUUGGACAGAUGACUCAGACCAAAUGAUCCUCAUCCUGCAGUCCAUCACAGAUAACAAUGGAGAGGUAAAUUGUAAAGACAUUGCUGGUCGACUGAAGGAAUGGAUGUUAAAGGGAAUACCAGAGCUGGGGGACGCUGGGGGGCUGGGGAUUGGACGAACUACACACUCUGUCCUCCACCAGAGAAACUUUUUAGAUGAUCCACAUGCUGCCUCUGAGCAUGUGUGGAGAGAAAGCCAGUGUUACCUGGCACCAAAUGGAGCGGUGAUGAGGACUUCGAUUUUAGGGGUACAUAGAUUUGAUGAUCUGGAACAAGUGGCCAAAAAUGCAUCUGAUGUAGCCAAGGUUACACACUAUGAUCCCAGAUGUCAGGCUUCCUCAGUUGCUGUGUCUGUUGCCAUAGCAAUGAUGUUACAACGAAACAAAAAACACCUGGACAAGGCGGGACAUUACAAUAUCAGCCUCAUUAUCAAGGAUGCUUAUGACUAUGCCGUCAAAUACCUCGACAAUGAGGAACAUAAAAAAGAACUUCUGAUGUAUAUGAAAUGUACGGACAUUAAGAAACUGGAGCUUGAUGAAGCAGGGAAGAUUGGCUACACUUUUAAAUCAAUGGGGUCAGCUUUUUGGGCACUCAAACAGAAAGAUUUCCGCAAGGCAAUUACCAAAAUUGUAAUGCAGGGAGGUGAUGCAGAUAGCAAUGCCUGUGUAGCUGGUGCAAUGUUAGGAUGUAAACUUGGUCUAGAGGCCAUUCCAAAGUCAUGGAGGGGAAAAUUACUACACAAAGAUUGGCUUGAUCAACAAAUAUCUAGGUAUUUCACAAUGAUAAAUGAAGGAACCACAGAAAAAAAGGAAAUACCGUCACAGAAUGCAGAAACGUAGACCCAUAAAAAGGUUGAUUUAACUUAUUUAAAAUGUGUAGUGACCAUCAUAUUUACAAAAUGAAGAAAAGCUACAGAAUUGUUUGAUAAAUUUAUACUUGAACACAUAAUACGAUUAUAAUGUUACCACCUGAUAUAAAAUAAUUAGAAUAGUUUCAUUUGUAUUUAAAAUUUGGAUUACAGUGUUUAUUUCAAUUGCCUUCCUUGGCCAAAUGCAGAUUUUUGUUGUAUUAACGUCAAGGCUGUAACUAGGCUCAAAUUUUUAGUGAGGCAAGGGUUCUGGCCAGUGAUGCGGCUUAACAGGGGGAGGGGGAUCCUGAAACCUGGGUAUAGAAAAUAAAAGAUUUUAUCCUUAUAAAUAUUUUACGUUUGGAAUUGUCGCCCGCAUGACACAGUGGUUAGAGCUCAUGCUCUAGAUAGCUAGAGUGGCACACUAAGGAGUUGAUCCUUACAUCGCGGGUUCGAAUCCGACUGCGGGAUAUGGAGACUGGUCCUUCGGAUGAGACCUCAAAAACCGAGGUCCUAAAUCUUCCUAUGUCACAGUAAGUGAUGGCACAAAAAUGAUCUCUCUCUGUUCAAUUAUCUUCAGUGACCCUGAACAGAUUUAAAACUUGCAGCCCUCCACCGGCAAGUAGUGGUGUCUCAAUACGAAGGAAAAUUUUUAGAAGGGAUGUUAAACAAUCAAACAAUUUACAAAACAAACAUUUUGAAUUAUAUUUUCCAAUGAUGCAUUCUAAAUGAAAAUGAGGUAACCUGGUGAGAUCAAAAAUAUACAGAAAAUGAAACAAAAGUUCAAAAUAUUUAUAUAGCACGAAGACACACAUAAUUUACGAGUUCAAUGAAAAACUUUUCACUUUUCAGAAAACUCUUAAAAUUUAGUGAGGCAUUUGCCUCACUUGCCUCAAUGGUAGUUACGGCCUUGAACGUGCCAUUUGUUUUUUUCUGAACUUAAAAAUAAACAUAACACCUGACCUAGAAGAUAAUACACAUAUGAUCAUGUUAAUAUGUAAAAGGCAUUCAAUAUUAUUCAUUAACUUAUAUAGUGUUUUUCAACUUGUGCUUUUUCUUAUUUUACACAUGUUCUGUAUCCUGUUAAUGACAAUAUAGCUUAAGUUACGGGUACUCUUCAAUUGCCAUUUUUUUGUCAAAAUUUAAAAGUUUACAUUAUCACAUCUUCACAAUGUUAAGGUUUAGCGAUAUAUUUCCUCUCACAAAUCCUUGACAAAGUCACUGUUUUAAAGUCUGGUUAAAUUGCUACUAUGAAGUAUUUUGUAUUUCAUUUGUUCCUGAUCUACAUGUAGCACUAUAAAUGAAAACAACUUUUAUUUUAGGAAAAUUUUGUAAAUAAAUACAACUUGUCUUAUUCACCAGUAAUGUGGGAUUUGUCCUCUAGUUACCUCAAAUUAAAUAUCGGAGUUUGAUUUUUGAAAAAUCCUCCCAAACACAAUUUUAAAAGAUAUAUGUUGUGGCUUCGCGCCACUUAAAAAAUAUGGAUUUGAAAGAUAUAUUCUCAUUGGUUGGUUUAUAAUUAACCUUAUGUAACCCCAAACCUGACUUUCACAUAGCAUUAAGCAACUUGUGAACUUCUGUCAAGAUUGUGAAGAUGGCAUUAUCAGUGAUGUAUGUGUUUGUAUCACAUUGACAUACCCAAUAUAUAAAAUGCUAUGUUCUUUAGUAUUAAAAAGAGUUAUUUUAGGGGAAAAGAACUGAAAUUAAAUACCAGGUAUUAUAUAUCCUAAAGGCUAAUACAUAUUUAUAGACAUAAGAAUUCCUUUAAAAUGUUUAUUUUUGUUGGAAAUCUAUAUUAGUACAUUACUGUGUCAUUUAAAUGUUUCUUUCUUUGUAAAAAUGUCACUGCUAUGAUUUAGGUAAAAAAAAAUAUGGUCACUCCAAAAAAGUGUCUUCAUUUUAUAAUUUUUUCUUUAGAUUCCUCUGUUUAUUCCAAACUUUCAUGUUAACAUGUAUGUCAGUAUGGCAUUAUACACAAUUUUGUAAGGGGACAAUCAUUAGAGAAUGCAUAUUUAAAGCUGUGUGUUUUGUUUUAUUUUUAAAGGGUGCAAUAAAUUGCUGCCAUGUUUUAUACAAAGCUAGCUGCUGCUGUUACCAAAUAAAAUAAUUAAGUUACAGGAUUUUAUUGUGAAAUACAUUGUAAUUUUGAAUAAAUGCUUAUAAUGAUUUA